CGACUGGCUCCCGAAUUCGAAUCGCUCAUUCGCUAGCUCCUCUCGAUCGCUCUCGGCUCAUAUUCAGGUUAUUUUGGGCGUCAUCAUUGGAAGCCAAGGGCCCCAGAUCAAGUGUUAAAUUUCCAAUAGUCAAUAGCCCUUGACGAUCGAUCACCCGGCCGCACGAUGACGAUGAGCGGAGAUUCAGACUUACCUCAUCUUGAUAUGUUUGUAGAUGAGAAGAAUGCUGAGGAGAGUGUUAUAUCUAUAGCCAAGAAAGUCAGACCAGACUGGAAUGAUAAAGACAUCAAGGCUAAGGUAUUCUCAGGAGGCAUUUCCAAUAAGCUCCUUGGAUGCUAUCUACCACCUAACAAGGAUGACGUUCUGCUCUCCCGUAUCUACGGCAAGAAGACGGAGCUCCUGGUGGAUCGUCAGAGGGAGAAGGACACCUUUAAGAUCCUUCAUAAAGCUGGCUGUGGACCCAAGCUCCAUGCCUCCUUCCAGAAUGGUAUAUGCUAUGACUUUGUGCCUGGUGUGACGCUGGAUGAGAAGACUGUGAGAGAGGAGAAGAUAUACAAGUUGGUUGCUCGGGAGUUGGCUGGAAUGCACCUUAUACAGACCGGUGAUGGAACAGCGCCCUCUGCUGAGCUCUUUGAUAAGACGAGAAAUUUUAUCUCGCUCCAUCCGGAUCACUUUGAAGAUCCUAAGAAAGAAGAAAUAUUCAAGACGAGAAUCAUGUCUCGAUCAGAGCUGAACGAUGAAGUAAAGAUGUUAGUGUCUGUACUGACAAGCCUAGAUGCACCCGUAGUCUUCUCACAUAAUGAUUUACUACUAGGAAACAUUAUCUAUAAUGAAGAAAAAAAUAAAGUUUGUUUCAUAGACUAUGAGUAUGCGAUGUACAACUAUCUGCCGUUUGAUAUAGCAAACCAUUUCUGUGAAUUUCCAGGCAUCGAGGAAGUCAACUAUGACCUGUACCCAAGUAAAGAGUUUCAGCUGCAAUGGAUCAAGGAGUACCUGAGCGCUCGCUACUCCCGGCUAGGAGAGAACAAAGUCGUCACCGACAGAGAGGUGGAGAGAAUGUAUGCUGUUGUUAACAAGUUUGCAUUGGCUUCUCAUUUUUUCUGGGGUGUAUGGGCCAUUGUACAGGCAUACCAUUCAACUAUAGACUUCGACUUCUUAGACUAUGCCAUUAUACGACUUGACGAGUACAAGAGACGGAAAACCGAGUUCUUGGCUCUACCCAUUCCAGAAUGAACCAAACCACCAGCUGCCUUGAACCAGACUGAACCAGCUUGAACUGCAUUAAACCAGUUUGAUCCGGUUUUAACGAAUGACUUGGUGAUUGGUGCUUUAUACAUGUACAUGCAUGCACAUUCAAAGUGAAAUUCUUUGAUAAUGAAAAUGCACAAGUGUUAUAUUGAGCUAGAUGCAUUUGUAUGAAUUUUAAUAUGAUAUGAAUAUUCAAUGUUUACUUACUUUACUAUUCACAACCAUUCAUUAAUACUUGCCAGAUCCCAAGGUACUUUCACUAUAAAGUUUAUCCAUAUUAUAAAAUAAAAUUUACAUACUUUAAAUGUGCAUUAUUGACAUUAUGGUACAAUCAUGAUUUUAAGAUCAAUCAAGUACUUUUAUGAGCAAUGUAUUAGCAAUAUUUUUCAUGGUGGAGAAACUGUAGGUUAAAUGUUGUUAGGAUAACAACAUGUAGUUAUAGCACCAAAAAUAGUGACCAGAAUGUGAGUGCUGUCAUGAUUAAAAUUGUGGGCUAGUUUAAUAUUCAGGGUCCUGCCUUACAAAGAGUUGAUAUCAAUCGCAACUUAUUUGCAGUUUAUAUCAAUCGCAGCUAUAUACAUAAGAGAUAGGAGACUGCAAACUCUUGAUUGAUUAGAGGAGUUGCGAUAGAUUUGGAUCAAUCGCAACUCUUUGUAAGACAGGGCCCAGGUGUGCAAUAAAUAGCCCCCUCGGAGCAAUUAUUCAUUCUCUGGAAGACGACGAGAGCAUAUACGGUACUGCUCAAAACGUCAAGAAACUGAGCUCACCAGCCACUUUCAGGGCUCUUAUUCCUUUAAAAGAAUCGCAUACAUGUAGUUUAAUCCUGAACAACUUUACCUAACAUACAAGUACUUCCUUUUCUUCCAAAUUCCAAACAUGAACUAUCAUAGCUACCGCUAUUAAAAGUGUGGAGUAUGUGUAUUUUACAAUUCUAUUUUUUAAAUAUUUUAAAACUAAUGUUGAACUUUACCAUAUGGAACGUUUCCUGUGCAUGAUGUAAUCUACGGUAAUGAAUCCCCAUUAUGUGGUGAAUACAUAUAUAUAUUCAUUAUGUACUACACGUACACAAAACUCAGGGGAAUGGUUAUAUGGUUACUCUGUUCACAUUGAUAUACAUGUAUAUUUCAUAUGU